CAAGAACAGUCGCCUGCGAUAAGUCGCCCACAUCGCCUCACGGUCUUCUUUUUUUUGUACUCGUUCCCCGCUCGAUCCAUCUGCCGCCUUUACCACAAUUCACAUCGUAUUCUGCCGAUUCGCUGAGAGCUGAAAUUCGCGGCGAAAUAAUUUUAGCAACUUGUUAUCCGUCCAUGCCAUGCGCGAUAAAAUAUCACAACUAUUUUGCUUGCAAAAAAACGCAUGCAAAAAUAAUACAACAGAUAAUAGAGGACAUAAUGUGCCAACAAAAGCAGCGAACAACGGGACAAUGUGCGCCAAUGGGACUAUUGGGACAGAAGGGCCCGAAGCGACAGAGACCGACUCAUCAGGGACCGGGCGGAUGCGGAAGCCGCUGGAGAGGAAUGGCUCAACGCAGAACGACGCUGUUCACCUCGAGAGAAGGCUGGGCCUCUUCAGUGGGGUGGCUUUAAUUGUCGGAACUAUGAUAGGGUCUGGAAUAUUUGUGUCUCCCUCCGGUUUACUGGUUCGUACUGGUUCCGUUGGAGUUAGCUUUGUAAUCUGGCUUGCCUGUGGUGUACUCUCGCUUCUGGGCGCUCUGGCAUACGCUGAACUUGGAACGAUGAACACCUCGUCUGGUGCGGAAUGGGCAUACUUUAUGGAUGCCUAUGGACCGGCGCCGGCGUUCCUGUUCUCAUGGGUAUCGACAUUGGUGUUGAAGCCAUCUCAAAUGGCUAUAAUAUGCUUAUCAUUUGCACAGUACGCCGUUGAGGCCUUUGUGACAGAAUGUGAUCCGCCCAGGGGUGUCGUGAAGAUGGUCGCACUGGUGGCUAUUGUGAUGAUACUGUUCGUGAACUGCUACAGCGUUAACCUGGGCAUGGCCGUGCAGAAUGUGUUCACCGCCGCCAAGCUGGUGGCCGUCGUGAUCGUGAUCUGUGGCGGGGCCUGGAAGCUGAUGCAGGGCAACACGCAGCACCUGUCGAAUGCAUUUAAUGGACCGAUGCCUAACGUCGGAGCGAUUGCCACGGCAUUCUAUACGGGCUUGUGGGCCUACGACGGCUGGAACAACCUCAACUACGUCACCGAGGAGAUCCAGAAUCCCAGCAAGAAUCUGCCGCGCUCAAUCAUCAUCGGCAUACCGCUGGUGACGCUCUGCUAUGCGCUGAUCAACAUCUCCUAUCUGGCGGCCAUGUCGCCCCAGGAGAUGAUCGAGUCGGAGGCAGUGGCCGUCACCUUUGGCAAUCGCAUACUGGGCGCCAUGGCCUGGCUGAUGCCCCUGAGCGUCACCAUCAGUACGUUUGGCAGUGCUAAUGGCACUCUGUUUGCCGCUGGACGUCUCUGCUUUGCCGCCAGUCGAGAGGGUCACUUGCUGGACAUUCUCUCGUAUGUCCAUGUGCGACGCCUCACCCCAGCCCCGGGCCUGAUAUUCCACUCGCUGAUUGCCUCGGCAAUGGUGCUGCAUGGCACGAUUGAUUCGCUGAUUGAUUUCUUCAGCUUCACCGCCUGGAUAUUCUACGGCGGCGCAAUGCUGGCCCUGAUCGUGAUGCGCUACACCAAACCCAACUAUCCACGGCCAUACAAAGUGCCGAUCAUCAUUCCCGUUGUGGUCUUGGUCAUAUCCAUCUACCUUGUGGCGGCCCCCAUCUUUGAGACGCCUCGCAUUGAGUAUCUGUACGCCCUGCUCUUCAUAUUUGCUGGCCUCAUCUUCUAUGUGCCGUUCGUCAAGCUGGGCAUGACACCGCGCUUCAUGAACAAGGUGACGCUGUUCUUCCAGCUGCUGUUGGAGGUGGUGCCCACCUCAUCGAUGGCCAUGUUCGAGUGAACAAAUGCUCAAAAAGGGUAAAACGUGUCAGAGAGACAAGCACGCAAACAUUCAAACAUUAUUAACUAUACAAGCAAGAAUACGAAGAAUAUAAGAAAAUAAGAAUACUAUUUGAAGUACAGAUGCGGUUGAGAGACACUCGCGAAGCAGGGGAAAGCAAAUAGCAACCUAUAUUGAUAUAUAUACUAUAUAUAUUGACGUUGUCGUUGACAAACAAAAACAAAAACAAAAAACAAAAACUAUUUGGAAUAGUCUUUUUAUGCUAUGAGCUGGUUACAUUCAAAGGUUAUAUAUGCAUACACUAUACAGAACUAAGUAUAAAAUAUACACCCUCCCCAUACAUAUAUCUAUAUAUCAAAAGGUAGCGCGCCUAGGCAAAGUUGCAUAGUCGAUAAAACACACAAAUAAAUAUACAUAUAUAUGUGUAUAUGUAUGAACUACUUAACAUAUACAUAUAUUGUAGAUUUAAGAUUGAGUGGAAAUUUAAACAAUCCGGAAAUGUCCUUGCAAUGCGGCCCAGAGAUGAUGCCUUUCGAGUUAGGUGCACGGUUGAAGUACAGUCCCCCGAAUGACAGACAAGAGACACCACCAAAACGAGUACAGUACCCACCUAAAAACUAUCCACAACAUCUGGCAACACUCUCGCCGCAGACGACGCAGACGCCGCCGCCGCAAAGCAUGCCACUACUGUAUUGUUUCGCUGUUUUUUUUUUCGAGUUAUAUACAAGUUGAACGAUCUAGAGAUCUGUUUGGAAUAGCAAUAUAUAUGUGUAUAUGUAUGUGGGGAACUUAAGGAUAAACAAAUAGGAAGAAAACCAGAAAAUGCAAAAAAAAAAAUAUAAAUAAAAAACCAAAAUAACGAAAGGAACGUUUCAUACUGGAAGAAGGAGACGAGACGCGUGUGCGAAUUGUGAAAAUUGUAGGACUGCAAAAUAGGCAUUAAAGAUUUCUAACUGAUAAAAAACAAAACAUAGGGAUCGCUAGGGAAGCAAUGAGAAAAAAAUACAAAAACAAAAAAAUAGCAAAAAA